AUGGUUUACCAAGCAGACCAAAACUACACCGUGCCUGACGUAGAUGUCUUGUCCCUCCUGUUCGACUCGAAACAUUGUGACGCGGCUGAGGACACCAAGAUUCAUAUUGAAGCCGGCAACGAUGCCAACUCCGUCACUAAAUCGCAAGCACGAGACUUGACCCAGAGAAUCGCCCAUGGACUAAGACGCAACUUCAACAUUGGUGCGUCGGGCCCUGGUAAAGAUGUUGUCGUGUGUAUAUCAUCUGGCCAGCCUCUUCUACCGGUUUUCUUUUACGGAGUUGUCGCUGCAGGUGGCGUGUACUCUGCUGCGAGUUCAUCCUUUACGACACCCGAAUUGGCGCGUCAAGUUACUCAAGGAGGCAGCAACUUGUUAGUUUGCAGCCCUGACACCCAGGAAGUUGCCGUGGCAGCAGCGAAGCAGUGUGGCAUUCCUCUCAACCGGGUGUUGUGUCUGAAAUCCAGCCCGGAAUGGGGCUUGACGUCACUUGGGAACAAUCAAAACUGCAUUUCUAACGAGAAACUCGAUUGGAAGAGGAUCACAAACAAAGAGGAGCUUGAAAAUAGCCUUGUAUGCCUUCUUUACUCGUCCGGAACCACUGGGCCUCCAAAGGGAGUUCUUUUGUCCCAUUCGAAUAUAGUAUCAGCGGCCUUCAUUACCGGCGAGCUCGGUAGAGAGUAUACAGCGCAGCGCGGCACCCCAUUCGAAUACAGGACCCUCGCCCAUCUGCCAGCCGCCCACAUAGCUGGAGUUCAGGGGUAUUUCAUCAACCCAUUCUACAUGGGUGGCCCAGUAUACUGGAUGCCCAAGUUUGACUUCCAAAAGUUUUUGGACUUCAACAAGCGCUACCGAAUCACCUUUUUCUUCAGCGUCCCUCCUAUCUACCUCUUGAUUGCCAAAUCUCCAGCAGUAACAGACCAAUUCGAACACCUGGAGAUUGCAGUUAGUGGAGCUGCACCCCUCGGAAAAGAGCUUCAGUACGCGGCGAGUCAGAAACUGGGCAGGGGGACGACGUUUAUAAGUCAGACUUGGGGAUUGAGUGAGACGACUGGUAGUGUUACAGCAAUGCCUUGGGGUAUGAAUGACGAUACCGGCAGUGUCAGCCCGGUACUUCCUAAUAUGCAGUUGAGACUUGUCGAUGACGAUGGAAAGGAUGUUGCUGCGGGGCAACGUGGAGAAGUUCUCGUCAAAGGCCCUGUGGUCACCAGAGGAUACCAUAAUAGCCCCAAGGUGACAGAGGAAGCUUUCGUUAACGGAUGGUUCUUGACCGGAGACAUUGCGGAGAUACGUAAUGGUUUAGUCUACAUUGUGGACCGAAAGAAGGAACUUAUCAAAUACAAGGGUCUUCAGGUUGCUCCAGCUGAACUAGAAGCUAUCCUUCUCUCGCAUCCGAUCAUUCUAGAUGCCGCCGUGAUUGGUGUCGAGCAGGACGGAACAGAAGUGCCCCGCGCAUUCGUAGUUGUGGGCAAGAAAAUCUCCGAGGAAGAGAUCAAGUCCUUUGUAAAGUCUAAAGUGGCAAGCUACAAGCAGCUAAGAGGCGGCGUCGUUUUUGUGGAUGCAAUUCCCAAAAAUGCGUCCGGAAAAAUUCUACGCCGAGAACUGAGAGAUGUUUCAAAGAAGACCACAGCGAAGCUGUAA